AGAAUACUCAAUUUUACAUCAUUAAUCAAUAGAAAUUAACUAGUAGAUUAAUUAAUCUCUUUAACUUAUCUAUUUGAUUUUUGUUUUCCAAAAAGAAAGAGACAAUUUAUCAAGAACGCCUAUCAAUAUCUACUCUUAACCUAAAACAAAUGUUAUUGUUUAUUGAAGUUUGUCAACUAAUAUUUUAUUAUCAGAUUUGGUUACAAACAAUUAGCUUCAUAACUAAUGUUGUAAUUGAUCAACUGUGAAUCGUCAAUCUUUUAAUGACAUUGAAAAGUUUUAAAGACAAUCCAGUUUUUAAUCAUAUUCCAACCAACAACAAAUCAUCUUCAUCUUUAAAAACAAUUAACUCUCCUAAACAUCAACUGUGUUCACUUUUUUGUGAUUUAUUGUGAUUUCCAUUGUUUUAAACUAACCGCAUCUUAUAUUUUCCACUGAUAAUAUUUCACACGAGUAACUUUCGAUCAAUAGAUUCCCUCUCUCUCUCAUCUUAUCUCCAUCUUCCAACAGACAUCUCCUUUGCUCUCCCAUAAUCCAUUCCUCUACCAUUAUUUUCCCACCCCACUCAUCUUAUAGAGAGAGAGAGAGAGAGUUUAAUAUUCUCCCUCCUCCUCCACCUCCUAGUCUUUGAUAAACCUUUCGAGUGAACUGUCUGGUGACCUUGGAAAUUGACUUGUAACCUGAUCAUUGAUCAAUAUGUGUAUUCAAACAUUCACCCGAUAAUCAUAAAUGAAUCAAUUUCCACCUCAAAUGCUGAUUUCUUCUUCUUUUCCAUUGAUAUUGUCAUAUUAUUGUUAAACUCUCUCAUUACAAUGGCUUCUCUUCUGGUCAAGGCCAUUUACGAUUAUCAAGCAACGGAUCUUAAAGUGUUACAUUGUUCAGGCGGUGAAAGAUUUAUCAUAAUUAAACAAACUGAACCUCGAGGUGAUUGGUUAUAUGUUGUCAAUUCUAAGGGUAAAUUGGGCUACAUUCCAGCCAAUUAUACGGAAUCCGAUUCACUAGAUGAUCUUAAACUAUUAGAAUUGAUUGAUACCAUUAUAUCGGUUCUGGAUGCCGACCACAAUGAUCCAAUCAUCACAACUCGUCAAAUCAAUCAUGCUCAAGUGAAAUUAACACAAUUAAGAUGUGAAGUGAUCAGUCGUCAACAGGGUAAGAAAACAAUCACAACUCUAUCAACAAAUCAUGAUACUAAUGGUGGUGAUGAGGAUAAAUCUCCAAUGAGAAUUUCAACCGAUGAAAUGAUUACACUUGAUUCAGUUGAGAGAAGGAUAGAAAAUAAUUCCAAUCAACAAAAUCCCGAUAAAAAUGGACUUGAUAAUAUCGAGAGUAAAGAUAAACCUUUACAAAUCAACGAUCAUGAUAAUCGGUUAAACCUUAAAUCAGCUGUUGAAAAAUCUGAAUUUGGUGUUCAGGUUGAUUUAUUUGAACCAUCACCAAAAUCAAGUGAACCAAUUGAACUGAUUGAAUCCAAUUUAGGUGAAGAGUCAACAAAAAUAACAACAGUUGAAAUUGAUGAUUCCCUUGCGGCAGAAUUAAUUGAAAGAGUUCGAGUAUCAACUGAAUUAAGUCAUGGGAUGUGUAAACUUACCAUUGAGACUGUGAUAAAUUUUCUUCGUGAAAAAAUGCCCUUAAUUGAAGGACCUAUGACCCAAUUAUUUAAUAAACUGGAAGCUGUUGACCAAUGUCCAUCUCCAUUGGUGAUGAAAAACUCAUCGGAUCUCAUCAAAUUAAGAGGAUUAUUUGACAAACUAUGGAUUUGUAAAGCCGAUGAACAGCAAAGAGGUUGGCCAAUUCACGAUGACGAGGAAAUGGAGACUAGUUUAAUUGAGAUGGUUAAAUUGUUGGCAAAUGCAAAUCCAACAAUUUGUCGAGAGGCGAUGUUCACAAACAAUUGUGACAACGUUUACAUGAUAAUCAGCUAUUUCCAUGAGGAGACCAAAAAAUCAUUGAAAAUGCAACUUUAUUCAGUUCUAAUGGAAAUCAUUCGUCUUAAUGAUAAUAUGAUUGAAGAUACAUUUCUAUCAACCGUUUUACCCGCUUCUUUGGCCAAUGAGAUGAUUAACCAUCGAGAUGAUAUCGAACGCUGGUCAAAAGCUUCCAUAUUAUUUACUUACGUUUUUGGUUCUGGUCAAAAGCCACCAAUUAACAUGUAUGAACAUGUAAACGAAAAAUUUGUCAACAGUCAAUUAAAUCUAAUUGAAGGUGAAGAUAUUGAAGGAAACAAGAUUGACCAUAAAAUACCACCGGAGAUGAGUAUACCUCCAAUUUUGGCCUACAAUUUACACUUCGAUCUAAAUGAAUCCAAUUUGGUUCUAAAGGCUUUGAAAAUGAGGCCAAAUGUUAAAUGCCUUAUUGAAAAUUUAGUCUCUUACCUUAAUUGGGAAGAAGAUCCAACCCUGUUAAUUAAUUAUUUUGGUAAACCAAUGAAAACAUGUGAUCGUCCGAACGCUGUACACAAAUUGUUGACCGAAGUCUUCGAAGACGCUGAUCUGGCCAAUCUUUGUUAUUAUAACGAUGUUCGAGUCAUGAUUGAUAUACUUGUUUCUCACCUGAAUAAUAUUCAACCUGGAGAUGAGAAUCGUUUCUCUUACCUUAAAUUACUUUACAAUAUAAUUAAGAAUUCUAAUUACAAAGAGGAGCCUCACAAACUUGAAGAGGUUACCAAAUGUGUGGAUAAUAUUUAUUGCGCUGAAUCAACACCAGAAAAUGAGAAACGAAUGGUCCGAAUGAUUAAGGAAUUGUUAUCCGCUGAGACGGUUUAAUUUCCAUUAUUUUCUUUUAAGAAUUUAAUUCGAUUCAAUUGAAUUAAAUUGUUAUCAAUUUUAUCGUCAUCAUCAUCAUCGUCUUCAUCAAAUUGUAUGUUCAACUUUGGUAUUUCCAGGAAAACUCACAAUUCCAAUUGAUUGAUUUCAAAAAUUUAAUCAAUUUCCAUCAACUUAUACACAAUAAUUACAACAAAUGGACUUUAUUGAUAAUUUAAAAAUCUCAUCGUAAAACAAUUAAUUAACUGCACAAAUCAAAUUCAUUUCAAAUCUUCAAUUGUUAUUCAUCUAUUUAUGUUCAUCAUAACUUUAAUUAAGUUGAUCAUCUCAACUGAUCAAUAGUGUUGCUGGUCCCAGAGAAUUGAUAUCAAAGAUAUUGCUCAAAAUGAUCAUUGAUUGGAUUAAAUUAAGCAGUUAAUUAUCUGGGAUUUAACUUUAAAAGUUAACAAUUAAACAGUGUAUGCAAUUAGUAUGGUAAACCUUGAACAAUUUAACCUAAACAAUUAACCUGAUGGAUGGUCACUAUGAUUUCAAAGAAGAGCCAAUUAGUCAAUUAAUUACUUAAAAUUGAUUCUCACUGAUUCUAAUCAUUAUUUUAACAAACUGAACAAUUCAAAUUGUUGUCCAUUACAAUUAACACAAAUGAUCACAAACUUUUUGUCUAAUACAUAUGAAACUGAAUCUCUGGUGCCUUUGGGUUUAAUAAACUACAAAGUGAUUAAUUUGGUAAAGAGUAAUUAACAAAUAAGGACAAUAAUUUGUGCGUCAAUCGUAUUAACAAAUUAAUUUUCACAAUUAAAAAGCAACAAUUAAAGUUGAUUAACAAAAAAAGCACAAAUUAUCAUCACCACUAGUCAACUUAUCUAAUGGAGUUAAAACCAAAUUAAAUUAAGUAACUGGAUUGAAAAUUUAAUGAUUAUUACACAUGGGAAAAUAAUUUAAAUUAUCUCAAGAAAAUUUAUCUUAAUUGUAUCAAAUACUAUUUCCAAUUAACCAAUUUAGUAAAUCAAUUAAUCAUCGAAAAUAUUUUUCAUCAUAAAAACCCAAUUUAAAAACCGAAAAGAAAAAAAAAUCCUUAACCCUUAAUGACUUUGAUUGCACACAAACAAUUAAAACAAAAUUUACUCUAAUUGUAAUAUAAAUUUUUGUCUCAAUUAAUAGUAAAUAAAACAAUCAAUUAAUCAACAAUUAAAA